GACGUCACGUUCCGGUACGUUCUCCCAGCAGCACGUGCUCCUCCUUCACAGCUCGUUGCACGGUGGUUUCAUUCAUAUAAUUCCCAGCUUUUCUGCGGUGAGGACACGAACAAAACGACCCGGAAAACAUGUCUGGAACAACAAGAAAGAUAGUGAGCACGACGUCCGCCCCGGCCGCCAUCGGACCGUACAGCCAGGCCGUGAUCGUGGACAGAACCAUGUACAUCUCCGGUCAGCUGGGGAUGGACGUGGCGUCCGGUCAGCUGGUGGAUGGAGGGGUGCAGGCUCAGGCCAAACAGGCUCUUGUCAAUAUGGGAGAGAUCCUCAAAGCUGCUGGUUGUAACUACACUAACGUGGUGAAGACCACAGUGCUGCUCGCAGACAUAAAUGACUUCAACAGCGUCAACGAGGUCUACAAGACAUUUUUCACCAGCAGUUUCCCUGCCAGAGCCGCCUAUCAAGUUGCGGCUCUCCCCAGAGGCGGACUGGUGGAAAUCGAGGCCGUGGCCGUCGUGGGUCCGCUCUCCGACUCCUGACUAACCGACCAGAUCAUGAACAAGCUGUAGUCAAGUGUUUUCCC